CUGAAAGCAAGGACUAAGAGAGAGAGAGCAGAGCUUGGGAUGGCUGUUGGCACAACUCGGUAGCCAGCACAAGCGGACACCACACGUGGAACACAAGAGCCAGAGGAUAUUGGAGGAUACUUUAGAGCUUUUUCUGUGGGAUUACCCUCGGUGUGACUACUGAUUGCUCAAACCUGGGGACAACACAACAGCAGGUAGAAGAUGAGGUCCAAAAGCAGUGGGGUAGAGAGCCCAGCCAAUGGGGUGCUUGGGGUCCCAAAAGGGGACCAUGACAUCAGCCAGGAACAGGAAGAGGGUCUGCCCGUUAAGAGCCUAAAGGCCAAAGUUCAGCAGAAGGAGGAUGACGAUAAUUUGGAGGUGGAGGUGAUCUCCAACAAAGAGAAGCUCCUGUUUGAUUCCCCUGAGGCUGGAGAAAAGAGAAGGGACAUCAUGGAUCUGUCCAACGAGGAUCUGCUAAAACUGCUGGGGAUCAUGGAAGGAGAGAUUCAGGCCAGAGAAGACGUUAUCUGCAUGCUAAAGUCCAAACAGACUGUCUCAGAGAACCUCGAAUCACGUUAUGGUUCUGCGGCCCCUGGCUCGGCCCUCACAGCUCUGCAGAGGGACGGCUUCAUCACUGGCAGCGAGCCGCACGACCACAAUGUUUACCAAAAGCCAAUGGUUGAGCUGGAGCGUCUGCAGGAGAAGCACAAGGAGACGUACCGUAGGAUGCUGGGUCAGUUGCUGCUCGCCGAGAAGUGCCACCGCCGCACCGUCCACGAGCUGGACACAGAGAAACGCAAGCACACAGACUACAUGAACAAGAGCGACGACUUCACCAACCUUCUGGAGCAGGAGAGAGAAAGACUAAAGAGGCUGCUUGAGAAUGAGAAAUCCUAUCAGGUAAGAAAGGAGAAGGAGCACUCUAAACGUCUGGCCAAGGUGCGAGAGGAGCUGGUCAAGCUGAAGUCCUUUACACUGAUGUUAGUCAAUGAGCGUCAGCAGCACCUAGAACAAAUGGACCAACAGAGCCAGCGGACCCAGGAACUCAGCCAGCAGCUCCAGCAGUGGGAGCAGUCACUGAGUGAAGCCCGGGAGCGUGCUCAGGAGGAUGGCCACAGGGUGCUGAGUCUGGAGGCAGAGCUUAAAGAGAAAUCUGCCAUACUCACCCAACAACAUGAGGAGAUGAGUGCUGAGCUGGCAUCUCAGGAGAUCCACAACCGUCAACUCAAUGGCAAUCUUCUUGAGCUUACGCAUAAAGUGGAGGAGCUAGAGGAGAGCAACAUGGCCUUGAGGAAAUCUGAGGAAGAGUUGCAGGAGCUGAGGGAGAAGAUUGGCAAAGGGGAGUCUGGUAACUCCAACUUGAUAACUGAGUUGGAGAAUUUGCGGAAACAUGUCCUGGAAAUGGAGGGAAAGGAUGAGGAGAUUACCAAGACUGAAAAUCAGUGUAAGGAGCUACGCAAGAGGCUACAAGAAGAGGAUAGUAAGAGCAAAGACCUCACGCUGGAAGUGGAGAAGCUCCAAAAAAGAAUGAUGGAGUUCGAGAAACUUGAGGGUACCUUCAGCAUAAGCAAGGCUGAAUGUGCACAGUUACACACUGCUCUUGAGACAGAGAAGGGCCUCACCAAAGAACUCUCAGAUGAGGUUGUAGCUCUCAGGAUCCGUAUGAAAGAGGUUGAGUCCACUGAACUUAAGUUAGAAAAGUCAGAGCUGAGCCUUAAGGAUGACUUGAGUAAGCUGAAAUCAUUGACUGUUGCUUUGAUGGAAGAACGAAAGACCCUGAUGGAAAGAUUGAAGUCAGAUGAGAAGAAAAAGGAGGAUUUGAGUAAGAUGGUCAAAGUUGAGCAGGGUAAAGUUAUGGACGUGACUGAAAAAUUGAUAGAAGAAAGCAAAAAGCUCUUGAAGAUGAAAUCAGAGAUGGAAAACAAAGUAGAGACUCUAAACAUAGAAAUGGGCGAGCUUGGCACUAAGUUGACUUAUGAAAUUGAUAAAACUAAGGAUCUUAGUUAUACGGUUUGUCAAAUGAAAAAAAGAUUAGAUGGCUUCGAGCAAACAGAAAAGCUAUCAGUGAAGAAUUCAGAGAAAUGUGAACUGGGAAGAAUGUCUGACCCUGUCAAAAGAGAAGACAACAAAGUUAAGGAGCUGACAUUUGAAAUUGAACGCCUGAAAAAUCGUCUCAAACUACUUGAAGUAGUUGAGGGAGAUCUGAUCAAGACAGAGGAUCAGUACGACAUGUUGGAGAAAAGGUUCAUGACCGAACAAGACAAAGCCAACAAUCUUUCCCAACAGGUGGAGGAAAUGAGGGAUCAGAUAGCACGAAACAAAGCAAUCGAAAAAGGGGAGGAGGAAAGCCAGGAAGUAGACCUCCGCCAACAAUGCAAGAAAGAGGAGGCCAAAACCAGGGAACUGCAGGCGGACGUCGUGGCCCUCAAGGAGAAGAUCCAUGAACUGAUGCACAAAGAAGACCAACUUUCUCAGCUCCAAGUGGAUUACUCUGUCCUGCAGCAGAGGUUAUUGGAAGAGGAGGAGAGAGCCAAGAACAUGGGCACUGAAGUUUUCCAUCUCACCAAAGAAUUGGAGAUAGCAAAGCGCCAUAGUCGAGCGCUAAGGCCGAGUUUGAAUGGGAGGAGAAUGGUGGACGUUGCUGUGACAUCCACUGGAGUACAGACAGAGGCACCGUCAACUGGACCAGCAGAGGAGGAUACCCCAGCUGUGUUUAUCAGGAAAUCUUUUCAAGAAGAGAAUCACAUCAUGAACAACCUCAGACAGAAGUGCACAAAGAAGCCAACAGAAAAGAGUGGUGUUGAGCGUUGCCCUUCAUCUGGCAGUGACCUCGGCGUGAAGAAAUCCUGGAUUCCCUGGAUGAGGAAAAAGGAAAACACCCCUCAAGAGACCAACUUGGGGAAGCAUCUGCAAAUUAAUGGGGAUCCUUUGACUUCUGAACUGACAAUGUCUCAAAAGCAAGGGCAGCCUUUACACAUUCGGGUAACACCAGACCACCAAAACAACAUGGCUACUCUUGAGAUUAGAAGCCCCACUGCGGAGGACGCUUUCUCUACCUCAGCUCCCCUCAGCCCCAACCCAUCUCAACCUAAAUCCAGAAUCACAAUCAUUCCCACCUACUCUGCUCCAACCCACAAGAGAAAGUCCACCACUGGACUUCCAGGCCUUGAAAGAGCCAAGUCUCCAGUCACCAUUACAACAAUAUCCAGAGCCAAGUCUCCAGAAAGCAGCCAAGCACCCUCUUCUGCCUCAGGAAUGCCCUUGUCCCCUGUCUCUAUUAUGACAGUGAGCACGGCUAUAGUGCCGGAUGCGUCUUCCUCCCCAGAACCCCAGGAGAUGACCAUGGGCCGAGCUGUGUUCAAGGUUACCCCCGAGAAGCAGAUGGUCCCAAUGCCUAUACGGAAGGGUCACACCAACACUAGCUACAUCACAACCACUGACGAUAACAAGAUCCAUAUUCAUCUAGGCAGCAGCAUGAACCCAAAGAUGGUAGUCAGGCCGGUGGCUGCUGCAACAGAGACCAAGGAAAUUACCUUAUCAACUGGGACAGUUUUACGCUCCCCCCGCCAUAUCACCACCACAACUACCAGGAGCACUCAGAGCAAAGUGAUGAGCACUAUCACAAUUUCCCCUGUUGCAUCCAACACUUCCAGACCAACACAAAGCAUGACUGGGCACGAUGCCCAGCCACCUCGCACAGGGCUCACCCGCAUCCCAAUGUCCAAGAGCCUGAAGACGGGGAAGGCUGUGCUGGGAUCCCUGGGGAUCUCGGGUGGAGUGAAACUCGACUCACGAGCUGAAAGUCAGUCUAUGAGGAUAGAAGUUAAGAAAUCCAUUGUAAAUAGCAACACUUUACAAAAUGGAGGAAAAGCCUAAAUGACAUAAUAGUACCAACAAAAUACUCAAACAUAUUUAAAAAUGGUGCUUCAGAAAAAAUAUUUAAAAAGCUCUGAUCUCCCUAUACAACUCAGCUAGACAUUACAAGGCACAUAUAAAAAUUUUUGUAAUUAAAUAAGCCAUUUCUAAUUGUUGUGAAGUCUUUUUUACUUGUCUAUCUCAUAUCAAUGUCUGCCAUUUAAAUGGAAACCUAUUCUCUGAAUUUACAGUGUGUAUUGUGAUGGACAUUUGGGUUAAAUAUUGUAUCUGACCGUGCUGCUACUAACUGCUUCUUACUUUGAAUGGUUGUCUCACACUUGUGUUGAUAAUAUUUGAA